UCUCUUAUCUCCUUCUCGGUACCCCCGCCUCCGACCUUCGCCGCUGCCGGGAUCGUGUCUUGCACCGGCCUGUCCUCCGAGAAGUGGCGAGGGCGGCCCGGCCAUGGAGACCCUCGUGCGCCCCGGGGCCAGCAAACCCCCUACCGGGAAAAGAAUGAAAGCUCGUGCUCCCCCUCCACCAAAUCAAUCUUCUGCAGCAAGUAGAAUUCACAGUGAGCACAAGUCACCUGCAGAGACAGCUGUGAUUUCUGAUCAGAACCUCAUGAGCAUGAAAGAGAACAUGAUAAACAGACUGGUGAACUUGACAGUCGUUUUACCCAGUGGGGUGGAGCAGAAGUGCACAGUGCAAGGAAGCAAAGCUGUGAUGGAUGUAUUGGUUGACUUAUGCAGCCAGUAUCGCUUAAAUCCAUCCCAACAUAGUCUUGAACUGAAGUCUUCGGGAUCUCAACAAGUUCUGAGUUACAAGCCAAACACUUUGAUAGGAGCACUGGAUGUACAGACAGUACUUCUGAAAGAGAAGAUUCCUGAAGAGAAGGCAAAGCGACCUCUGCCAAGGGUCCCUGAGAAAUCUGUGAGGCUGGUAGUGAACUAUCUGAAGACACAGAAGGCUGUGGUUCGGGUUAGUCCAGAGGUGCCACUCCACAGCAUCAUCCCAACUAUUUGUGAGAAGUGUGAAGUCAGUCAAGAGCACAUUGUUCUUCUGCGGGAUGGCAUAACUGGGGAAGAGCUGGAGCUUACCAAGUCUUUGGAGGAGCUAGGGAUAAAGGAGCUGUAUGCCUGGGACAGAAAAAAAGUUCCUCCAUCAAAAACUCAGUCUGAACCUUCUCUGAACUAUAGAGAACCAAAUCGAAAGGCUUCAGUAAGCAGUGAUGCAAUAGAGCAAGAAAAGACAAGACUUUUGGGAUUGUUUAAUGCUGAUAGACGAAGCAGUAAGGGUUUUUCCACAGCACCAAAUUCCCCUUCGGUGAAUUCUCGUUCAAGUAGCCUGGGUUCGUCACUGUCCCUUGGUAACAUCUCUGGAAUGACAGCAAACCCAGAAGUGAAAAAGCGCAGAGCACCUCCUCCACCAGUGGCAACACCAGUAUUGCCGAACGCAGAGGUGAGGGGACAAGAGAGAACAGCAGCACAGAUAUCACAAGGAGUAUCCCUGAAUGAUUUGAGGAAAAAGAAGAGGCGUGCCCCUCUUCCACCAGCUGUGUCUGCUCCACCCACUCCCACCAUGCCAAACAGGACUGAAGACAGGGAAGACAAGAGGAAGAGCACAAUGGGUGAUGGACGGCAGGUGCCACAAAAGCCUCCUAGGGGCACCACUCGUGGUCCCCCCCAGUUAGUGAUCCCCCCACCCCCACCUUACCCUCCUCCUGGCAGUGACAUUGUGGAUCCAACAGUGUGUUACAGAGAAGCAGAUGUUACAGCACCAACAGAGCUGGUACCUAAACAGAGCCUGCUGUCUACACAUGAUAAUGUUUAUGUAGUGGAUGACACAGUUCUGGAGCUAUCGGAGGUGGAAGAAACAGCAUCAGAAAGCAGCUGUUUUGCAUCAGAGGACACCACAGAGGACUCGGGUGUUGUGAGCUCCCCAUCAGAUAUUGUAUCUCUGGAUUCACAAAAUGACAGUAUGAAGUUGAGAGACAUCAAGCUGGUCAAUGGCUACAUGGACCCAGCUGAGGCAGAUGCAAUGUGUGACACAGACACGUGCCCUGUGCAGAACGCCUACUGUGACAGCGUGGGACCUGACACUGCUCAUCUGAGCAAGCAAGAUGAAGCAAUGGCUUUGGCUAAUCAUGGGAAUGAAGAUACAUUCAUUGCAGCACGGCUCCAGCAGACUUUGGCUGACCUGGAUGAAGAUUUAGAAGCAGUGGAUGGUGUCAGUAACUCUGACUCUGACUACACUAGCGAAGCCUUGAACCCACAUGUAAGAAAAUUUGAGGCCGCCCAAGAUGUUUCCAUUUCUGUUCCAGUAACAAUCAUAGAUGAUGCUCCAGAAGUUAGCACCUCUAACUCAGAUGAAAAUCAAGAGAUGGAGAUAAAGGUUUCACACAAUAUCUCAGCUGACUCUGUUAAUGCAAGAAACUUUACAAAUAGAAACAACAAUGCAGGUUCCUUUGAUAAGGGACACACAGAUGGUGGAGCUGUAUGCAAGGACCUAAUAUAUCAGCAACCAUCUGAAAAUGAAUUCAUUCACUUGCCUGUGGAACAGAGGAGAGAUAUGUUUGAAUCUCUCACAUCCUCCUUUGAAAAAAGAAAUGAAAAGAACUUAAGACUGGAACCCUCUCCUAAACAUGGUGUGAAGUCUGAGGAAUGUAAAUCCAAGCUGAGUCCAUCUCACUGCAAAGCCACGACUGAAAUCAGUACAGCAAAAGAGAAGCUGAAUCCAGUUAAUGAAUGUAGUAGCAGGGAGAGAUCUCUGAAAAAAAGCAAAUCAGAGUUGGAAAUCAAAUGGCCACCAGCAAAAAAAACUGAAGCAGAAGUCCCAUCAACACCCACAUGGUGUCAUCGUGCCCAGAAUUCAGGAUCAACCUACGAACCUAAAAUGGGUUUGACAACCUUUAAAGUUGUCCCUCCCAAACCCGAAGUAAGACAUUUUGAUAGAGGAGUUUCACUCUCCACUGGUGCCAUUAAAAUAGAUGAACUAGGCAAUCUCAUAGGCCCAAACACCAGUGUUAGUAAGCAUGUACAAGGUUCUUCUGAUGAAAGUGAGGAAAUUCAUAUUGGGAGAGUGAAGGCAUUCUGGAGGUCAAGUUCUAUGGAAAAGCAAAGUGACGACUCUGCUGAGCAUUUUCCUAAAAAGUCAGCAGUCACCACAAACUCUAAGCCAUUUACUAUAAAACAUGAGCACAAACCUGUCUGUCUUGCAGCUCCAAAACCUGCAGCACCACAAACUGUUAGUAUCCAGGUAGCUGAAAGACAACCUGAGAAUGAAAGAGCCAAACCAGCUCUUUCAGUUACACAGUCCCAGGUAACACCAUUAGCAGCCCCAGCUGUUAGUAAGGACAAGCUGGAACUCCCAUUCGUAAAGCCACACAGGAGAACAUCAAGUCAGUAUGUUGCUUCUGCCAUUGCAAGACACAUCAAUGCAACUACCUUUAAAUCUGACGCUAUGGAAUAUAAUGAGAAAGAUGAAAACAAGCAAGGGGCAGGAGAGGUUAAGAAUGAAGCAGAAGUUUCACCAAAAAGAUGUAUUAUUGUGGCCAAAUAUAGCCCUGUGGAAACAGAAUCAACAGAAACAAGAGAAACGCUUUCAAGUAUUUUUGCUUGUAGUCAGAAAGCAUGCCACAGAUUUACACCUGGUGAUAAUUCUGGCAUGGAAAACAAAGUAGUUAAUAUCAGGGCACCAAAUCAAGCAUAUCCUGUGAGUUUUUAUAAAAAGAAUGCCAGCGUCCCACUUACUAAAUCCUCUUCAAAGGAUAACAACAAUGCAGAAGAUGAUCAUGAUUUAAACAGCAAACAAAGUGUAGCAGAGAAAAAGACUGUGUUUGACCAGAAAUGUGAGACUUUGACCCAUACUAAUUCAGCCUCAUCUCUCAAGUCUCCUGAUCUCCAAGGAGUCCCAUCCUCUUUCAGCUCAUCUUUGCGAGUCACUAAAUGGCAUCCCGCUAAUGGUGUACAAGUUAGUCCACUUAAAGCUUCACCUGAGCUAAAUGGUGCAGCAGCAAAUGCAGAGUCAGAACAGGAGGAGAAACCUGUUGAUUCAGAUGUUAAUACUGUUGGUGAACUGGAUGCUAAUGUGCAGACCAAUAUUUUCGGACCAAAGAAGAAGUUCAAGCCUGUCAUCCAAAAGCCAGUUCCAAAAGACACAUCAUUGCACAGUGCCCUAAUGGAAGCCAUUCAAACAGGAGGGGGAAAGGAGAAACUCAGAAAGGUUUCAAAUAGUGCACUAAAUAGCAGUCACAGGAAACCCUCAUACACUGAACCAGAGAACGAGCGCUCAGCCCUACUAGCAGCAAUUAGAGGCCACAGUGGCACCUCAAAGCUAAAAAAGAUUUCCUCAUUGGCCUCCCAAGAGCUGCAGCGUUUUAGGGACACAGAACGGUCCUUGCAGAAGGCAGAAGACCUUCAGGAAGAGCAGCUGUGUAUCCCACCUGCCCCUGCCCAGCCACCACCACCACCGCCUCCCAUUCAGCUGUCAGCAGCAGCUCCUAAAUCUUCUGCCACUGCUUCAGGUAAUCCAACUGAGGCAAGGCAAGCCCUAUUGGAGGCUAUUCGCUCUGGUGCUGGAGCAGCAAAGUUAAGAAAGGUCCCUCUGCUUGUUUGAAUCAUGUAAAAAGAAUAGGUAACUGGAAAAUCUAACCCUGUAUGCACCCAUAAUCAUCGUUCAAAGUCUGAAGUGGCAAAAAACAUCAAGAAGUUUAGUUUAUUCUCUUGACUACAAGCCAAAAUAAGUUGUAGUUAAUUUUCUGUGUGUUCCUGCAUAAUGGUUCUAAGGGGAAAAUUGUUGCUCGGCUGUAAAGCUUCUGUGCCAAGGAAUUGUGUUUUGCCUCUGAAUAUUUAAGGUUGCCAAUAAACUAUUCUUGUUGGCAGGUUAAUAAGACUAUAAACACUGUGCAGUCCUGUGGUAAUUGUGUUUAUGGGCAAAACUAAAAACUUUGCUAGCUAUCUGAAAAAUAAUACUCAUUUCCAGCUGUUAAAAAUAUGUAACUAUUUCAAAGUAUUUACUUGCUUUUUUUUUGAUUUCAAGAAGGGCUAAGGAUUUUGAUUUCAAGAAGGGUAAGCAAUUAGGCUGAAAACAAGAGUAAAGAUCUAUAAAAAACAAUCACAAGAAAAACGUUAUGAUACCUAAAUUGUCAUGUGCUGGGGUCAUUGGUUUUUAAAAUCAAAUUAACUUUGUAUCUCUGCUGGAGCUCUGAGAAAGCAGGAAAUCAGUGAAUGUGAGACAGUGUCUAUUUAAAAGUUACUUAUGGGAUAUGAUGUAUAGAAUGCUAAUGUGCAGAGAUAUGCUGAACCCUGGUAACAAACAUGGCACUUGUUUGAAUAUUGAGCCACCUUAAAGGAUCUCUAUUUGCAACAAACUGUGAAGAUUAUGAAUAAAUUCAGAGCACAGAGGUCCAAGAUGUAGAAUUCAUUCUGCACCGUAAAAUGAAGUGGAGCUGGUUUGUAUCUAUCAGUAACCGUGACUUUUGUGGUCUAUUGUUUAGGUCAUGCAUAAAUUGGCCCUUGGUUUCUAAUUUGUAUGGCUGUUGUAUGUUGUCUCACAAGUAUUUAUAGCAGCAUCUUUUUCAAAUAUUAACUACUUUGGUAGUUGUUCUUGUUGUACAUAUUUUGAAAAUAUUUCAUUAAAUUGAUUAACUUAAAAAGGACAAAUGAAAAUGCUUUUUCAUAUUUCCUAUAUUGUAAUGAAACUAAAAAAGAGGAAGUUUGUACAUUUACAUUUUUAUAAUCAGAGACUACAGUGGUAUCAAAUUUUUUCUUUAAGCUGGAAUUUAAAAUGUAUAGGUAUGGACUGUUGAAAGCACAAGCAUAUUUAGCCAUCUGCAUUUAAUAUGACUAUAUAUUAUAUAUUGUAAAAUAUUGA